CCACUUGCUUUUUCUCUUCACAUUUUCCUGGAAGUGAGAGCGUUCUCCGCAGAGAAAGUUUCUUGGGAUGAAACGCAACUCGCAUGGACGCACCUGGAGACAGCCUGAGCCCCUUUCAAUGCCAAAGUCCGAGAAGAGCAAAGGCCCACCUCGGCCAGCUCCAGCUUGAUAUGCAGAGAACCCUACAGCUUCUCUCUGCAGGGAACCGCCUUGCUUCCCCUCAAUCUCCGGGGUGGGAGGGAGCAAGGAAGUGGGGGAGGAGAGGAAAAAACACCCCAAAUCGAAAGCUACUCGGCUCACUUCCUCUCCCUCGCGACGAGCUGGCGGCGGAGGCUCCUGCCUGGAAGUUGCCAUUCUACAGCCAUUCUACAGCCACCUCUCAUCUCAACUAAGCCACACACUCUUGAUCUGCCAUGGCUUCAGCCCCACCAUCCAUAGAUGUGGACCAAGAAGUCUUGUGCCCCAUCUGCAAAGACUACCUGACAGGACCAGUGACACUGGACUGCGGCCACAACUUCUGCCAGGGCUGCGUCACCAAGUAUUGUGACACAUGGGAACCAAUGCAGGUGGGAGAUUUGGAGUGUCCCGUCUGCAGAGUUCGGAUCCAGAAAGGGGAUUUCCGCCGCAAUUUCCAGCUGGCAAACAUAGUUGAAAAAAUUAAACUCUUGGCACUAAAUGAAAGGUUGGAGGAUCUUUGUAAGACACACAAGGAAAAACUGCACCUCUUCUGCAAAGAAGAUGGAGAAUUGGUGUGUUUGUUUUGUGAGCGAUCCCCAGAACAUAAAUCACACACUGUGGUCCUCAAGGAAGAGGCUGCCCAGGAAUACAAGACACUCAUCUGUGGUCGCCUGGAGCAUCUGAGGAAAGAGAGUGAGAAAAUUCUGGCUUAUGCAGCAAAAAUAGGAGAAGAAAGCCACAGCCUGCUUAAAUUAACAGAAACUGAGAGGCAGAAGACCGUGAAGAAGUUCAGACAACUGCAGCAGUUUCUGAAAGAACAAGAAAAGCGUCUGCUGAAUGAAAUAGAAGAGAUGGAGAAGGAGAUAGCAAGAAUAAGGGAUGAGCACCUGGCCACACUCUCCAAGGAACUCUCCUCUCUUGAAAGGAGCAUCCUGGGGUUGGAGGAAAAAAGUCAGCAGCCAGCGAGUGAACUCCUGCAGGUAAGACGGUGGCAGAAACAGCACAAAGUUUCCAUCAGGGUUUCACCACAGUUACCUUUUGCCUCUUUGUCCAGGCUAUGUCCAAGAUGUGAGAAGCACCUUGCAGAGGUGUCAGCAAAGGGAGACAUUUAA